GUUGCCUCUUAACUUGUCUUCUUGGAUGAGAAUCGCGAGACUGUUGAUAGAUUACGACAUUGUAGUCAUUUUAACUCAUGGCUUAAAAUCUGAACGCUAGAGUCAGCGAAACAAUAUCCAGGAGAAAACCAUGCAUGCUAGGCCUGGAGGUAUUUGGGAUACUAUCGAAUUCCCUAGGAUUUGGCUUCUUCUCAGCAUUGAAACGAUGGUGUUGGUAUGCGGUCAAAAGGGAUCUCUCCUCUUCCCCGUAGGCGAUGGGUGUGGGCACACAAUCUUGAGCUCCACCAGUGGCACACUGGCCUCGUGUAACUUCCCAGGAACCUACCCCAACCACACCCAGUGUGAGUGGAGUCUGAGGGUACCAAAGGCCCAGACACUGCUCUUGACCUUUGGGGACUUUGACUUGGAGUGGAGCCAAGACUGCAUAGCUGGCUCUCUUACCAUCACAGAUAGCAAUGGAGACACCAGAGUGGGUCCUCUGUGUGGGCAGUUAGAGGCAAAGAACAAGAAUGUGUCUGUUAGUACUAAUGAAGUUACCGUGCGUUUCAUCUCCGGCACUCACCGUUCUGGGCGAGGUUUUGUGAUGUCCUAUUCAACCAGUCAGCACUCAGAGCUCAUUUCAUGCUUGCAUCGAGGAACACAUUUCUCCUCUCAGCAGAUCAGUGCGUUCUGUCCUGCAGGCUGCAAAGGUGUUGCAGGAGAUAUCUGGGGCUGGCAUGGCCAAGGAUAUCGUGAUACAUCUGUACUGUGCAAAGCUGCAAUCCAUGCUGGGGUUAUUUCAGACAGUCUGGGUGGCAUGAUCAACGUGUCCCUGCAGAGGGGCAUUACUCUGUAUGAGUCAAACUUCGCUAAUGGAAUACUGUCAAAAACUGGUUCCUUAUCAGAUAAACGGCUUGUCUUCCACAGAGAGUAUGAUAGUGAACUAACAGUGGUGGCCUAUAACACUUCUUCAGUGUGGGAGGAGGUGAACAGAUUCGGUCAGCGGGUCUCUUGGUCUCCAGGACAUGGGAACUCUCAGUGGGCUGCGAGCUCCGAAGACCAGCAGCCAUGGCUGGCGCUUGAGUUGUGGAAUAGGAGUAGUGUCACAGGUAUCAUAACAAAGGGUACACCAAACUACUAUAUUGAAUCUUACACCCUUAUGUUAAGCAAAGAUGGCAAAAACUGGAAAGCAUACAAAGCUCCAUCAAGCAAAGAAAGAAAGGUGUUUGAGGCCUAUGCUGAUGGUCAUUUGACAGUGCUCAACAGUCUGAUCCCGCCAGUAGUAGCACGCUACCUUCUUCUGAAACCCCAGCAGUGGCAUAGCAGGGCCUCUGUACAAGUACAAGUGUUGGGUUGCCCUUCUGCCCCUCUCAGACCUCGUUUCCAUGGAGAUGGAGUCAGCUCUGGCAAAGCAGCUGUUGCAGAAACAGUACCUCUAGACACACUGCCAACUGAGGGUCCUGUGAUCACAAGAAGCUCAGGUCCCAGCCAGGCAGUGAUACUAGUGGCGGGCAUGGUUUUGGGUGCCACUCUGUGUGUGGGUUGCCUUUUGGCUGGACUCAUUUGGUGGAGAAGAAAAAGAAGUGCACAAAUAAAGAAAUGCUGUGUUGACCAAGGCUGUCAGGGUUUCCAUGGGAAGAAGCUUCCGUGCACAAAUCCAGAGCUUAUAUCAUACCCUCUGGUUAGGAACAUCCACGACGCUCUCCCCAACCCUCCUCACAAUGGAGGAGGGAUGCGCUGUCAUGGAGUCCUUGCCACUGCUGUCCACCAGGGGAGGAGCCGCGGCUGUCCGCCAGGGGACGGAGUCGCCGCUGCUGGCAGCCGGGAGUCGGAGGAGCCACUACGCCAGGAGUCAAAGGACUCGCUGUCAUCCGCCAGGGGAGGAGCGCCUGUCAUCUGCCAGAGGGCGGAGGAGUGGCUGAGGACCAGGCGACGGCAUGUCCGGGGACCGGCAAGCGAGUUUUUCUCUCUCUCUCUCUCUCUCUUUCUCUCCCCCUCGCUCUUUCCCUCUCCCUCCCAUCGCCUCUCCCAGGGCUCCAGAGAGGUGGGGAAGACCUGCCGGCAGAAGGACGGCCGGAACGGCAACACCUCCCCUCCAGGAAGGUUACGAGAAUGAGGGCAUAGCCAGGCCGUGAGGACGCACGCCCAGUAGUGAACUGUCCUAAUCAGCCGGAGGCGCCAGUAUGAGAGAGAGAGAGACACAUGUGGCCGCUGUGUGUGUGUCUGUGUGUUUAUGUUUGUUUAAGUUCAGUUAUGUCAUUAAAAUUAUGUUGACUGUUCUGCUGGUUCCCACUUCCUCCUUGCCCGUCCUGUGAACCCCGUUACACUUAGUUAUAAUGAGUGAUCUGGGUUUGUUUUUUUAGCUGCUGUUGUUUUGAAAACUUUGAUGCUGACAUUAUCCAGGUCAGCAGCCUCUGACGUUAGCGGUAUGUGGUUAUAGCAAAGGCCAGCAUACUUUGGGCUGUUGGUGGAAUAGUGGAAUUAGACAAUGUCUCUUAUUCCCCUGCCCAAGUUACUCGAUGGCAGCAUAAACAGGUCUUUCUUUAGUCGGCAGUGCUUCUCUGAAAGAGUUCUUUAAUUGGAGCCCAAAUUAGGGGCAUUGAAGCCAAAAGAGCACCCUCCCCACAACCCACUGGCCAACAGACUCUUUAGUAAGUGGUUCUGGGAUCUGGAGGACAGAGGAUCAGUGGUCAAGACAAUCAGAUUCCUUUCUAAAGUCACUUCAAUUACAGCAGUUUUGCCCUCUUAGCAUUCCUGCUGAGUGAGUUGAGCAUUGAGAGGAGGCAAGAAGAAAGAAAGGCGGACAACGUGGGGCCCAUUUCAUAGCCCUAACUACUGUUUGACACAGUGCAGUGGGUGACCAGGGUGAUCAUAUGGGAACUCAAUAAUGCCUUGAUAUGAGCUGGCUGAGGGUAAGGCCUGCCCUCUGGGAAUGAGGACCAAUCAAAGGGAGGGUGUAUUCACUACUGUAUAUUGUGUGUCUGAUUGCUUGAUAAUUGAGGUGAGGUGUUUAAUAACUAUGUAUUGUAAAUGCUUACUGUGGCACACAUCUAAAGCAUAAUAUGCAUCAUGUACACAUCAUAGUAGCAUAUACUGUACUUUUAUGAUCUAUUACUUUUUAAUAAUAUGAAAGAAAAAUUUUAUAUUAGGCUGGGAUUUGUGGACCCCUUGGGUUUCAUGAUGGUAUUGCAGGGGGUUAAUGAUGUGUCAAAAUUGGCAAGGCAAAAAUUAAAUUAAUUAAUGAAUUAAUUAAAACAAAUAUUAUUUAAAAAUAUAUAUAUUUUAAUUUGUAUUUAAAAUAAAUAUUAUUUUAUAUUAAUAUUGAAUAAUUAUUUCAUUUAUUUAUUUAUUUAUUUAUUUAAUUUUUUUAAAUAACUUAAAAAAUAUCAUUGUUAAAAAUAUAUUUGAAUUUGAAGGAAAUAUCCGUGCUUGCAUGGAAGCAAAAUAAUAGUGUUUUUAAUAUAAUAGUGUAAAAAUAUAAUGCUUACUCUGAUUGUUAUAAAUACAAUGAGUCAUUAUAAUCAUUAUUCAUUAUGUUUAUUGAUAGGUUUGAAGACUGCAUAAAUGAACCCUUUUAAAAGUGAUGUCCCAUGAUCAUGAAUAGCACUUCACUGCAGUGUGAAUCCUACAUUCUACAUUUCUAUAACAUUUCUCUGUUGU